GGCAGAACGUCCUUCUCUUCGCUCGCGGCGCCAUGCAGGCCGGGCCCUCAGAAAUGAUCAGACUCAGAGAUUCCGAGCGUGGCUCGAACUUCGAAUUGCAGAAUUGCAGAAUGAUGGAGGGAAACUUAAUGGCGUCUCGUCAAAGUGGGGCUCUUCUUAUCUUGCUUCUUGCUCUCAGCUCCACUGUUCAACAUGCAGAAGCGUUUGACUUUGCGGCAUUCUCUGCGGCCAUUCGCCCGACGGUCAUGACAUUGGCCGCUGGUGUCGUGAAUUGGCGAAGCGUGACGGGUGCGCUGAGCAAUGUCGCUGAGCGUGUUGCGAAUGAGCGGGAGAGGCGGGGUGACUUUGCUGGAGCGGAGCGGCUUCGCCAAUGGAGUGGCAGCUACACACACGGGCCUUGGGUUGCGUCAGGUGGCUUGCUAGCAGCAACGGGAUUGGCGCAGCACACCCGCGCCAUUGACCUUCAGAGCACCCUCGCAGACCUCCAGCGGCUCAAGUCGUUGGUCGAGGAACUCCUCCGGUUAUCCUCGGAUGAGGCGCGGCUGAGUUGGCUGUCCCGCAAUUGGGACACAGCUUCCCGCGUUGCUGAACGGCUGUCCAAAGACUCGAUCAACCUCCUCGGACAGUCGGGCCUUGUCCGAGGUUUCCUCGAUGCAGUGUACCGGGAGGCUGUCGAUAAGAAACUCGCACGAGAUGUGUUGGGGGUUGCGAGUGGCGAUGUGAUGACCUUGGUCAGCGCGUUCCAGCAAUUGAUUGAGACGCGGUUAAGGGAGGCGGUUGGGGGUGGAAGGGAUGAACUUUAGUGUAGGCGGGCGGGUGAUUCGUUGGUUCUUGACGCGGCCAGAUAUCGAUUUCGUGCUGUGUUGUAGAUUAGGCGUACGUUUUCUGAUGAAACAGUUUCCCCUCUGUGGUUGGGCAAAGAAUUUAACCUUGUAUAGCCGUUCAAAAAGUCAAGGCAUAGUUGGUCACGAAAAUCUGGCUCGCGAGCGCUUGCCAAGCUGAGCCUGCCGUUUUGUUUAAGGUAUUCUAGUGCUACUACUUCUCAGCUUGUGAGUCGAGAACCAGUGUGAUUGAAUCAACUGCAGAAGAUCUAGGUAAUAAAACAUGUUGGCAGGGCUGGACAAUUGCAAUAAGUGGACACGAGUCGAUACAAGAGUUGACUCGUCGGAUCAGUCCGAUGACAACUUUCCCGGGUUAGCCGCUAUACACAUGAGUUGAUGAACAUCAGAAGCCUACAUGGCCUG